CGUCGCUCUACGGGCAGUGUGACGUAUGCAUUAGCCAGACAGGCAGCCGCAGCACUGAAUUAAACCAUGGAAACCCUCUUAAGUUUACCGUUUACUGUACUGGAAUGUCCAAACAUUAAACUUAAAAAGCCAUCAUGGCUGCAUAUGCCUUCAGCGAUGACCGUCUAUGCCGUCGUGAUUGUUUCAUACUUUCUCAUCACCGGUGGCAUCAUUUACGACGUGAUUGUUGAACCACCGAGUGUUGGAUCAAUGACAGAUGAGCACGGACAUCAGAGACCAGUGGCAUUUUUGGCUUACAGGGUGAAUGGACAGUACAUCAUGGAGGGACUUGCCUCCAGCUUUCUUUUCACUAUGGGAGGCCUCGGCUUCAUAAUCCUGGAUCGCUCCAAUGCUCCUAACAUUCCCAAACUGAACCGUUUCCUUCUGCUUUUCAUCGGCUUUGUCAGCGUGCUGCUGAGCUUUUUCAUGGCCCGAGUGUUCAUGAGAAUGAAACUGCCUGGUUAUCUCAUGGGUUAAUGCUGCAUCAACACCUUACAUAAGGCAUCAACACCUUCAAUAUGGCACAUGCCACAGGCAGGGACUGGAAGACUACACCAGAAAUCCUGUUUUAGUGCCAAGGACUAUACAGUCUGUUAUUAAACUGAUUGUAAUCUAUCAGUAAUCUAUCAUUUUCCCACCCCAGAAUUUCUCACUCUGUGUUUAUGUAUGUGUGUGUGUGAAGUACAUGCAACUUGUCCGAUAGGACUCUUUGAGUUACUGGUUUAUCAACACAGUCAAAUUUGUUAGAGAUUACCAUUUACCAUGUUUAUAGUUUACAAAAAGUACUGCAAACUGGGAGGGGGUAGUCGAACUAUAAUAAUGCUCUUUAUAUAAAAUGUCAGACAAUACAAUUUGGAAAUCUCCUUGUACAAUUAUUUUGUAGACAGCUCGACUGAGAAAAAGCCUUUAAAUGUGGCAACAGUUCGUGUGCAGUUUUUUAUAAUAAACAAGUUUACUUUCCACAACA